AUGUUUGCAUCAUAUUUCAAGUUUGUCUACUCAUGUGAAGUAAUUAAUGGUGAUGUGAGUAAUUUAGCAAUUCUAUUUUUUGACCUACCAAAUAAUGUAUACUUCACUGUUGAUGAUGUUUUUCAAGAUCUUUCUACUUUGCUUGGUAUUAAAACUAUAUGUUCUGAUGGUCUUUCCGGAGUUUACAUUUAUCAGUUACGCUCUAUUAUAGCUUAUUCGCUUUUUUUACUUUUCCAACCUUCUCUAGAUGAGGGCAAUUUUCCUUCAGUUUUAAAAUUUAGUUCUAUUAUGUACAUCCAUAAGUCUAGUAAUAAAUCCAAUAUUACUCAUUAUAGACUUAUCCCCGUUCAAUUUAACUUAUCCCAACUAUUUGAAUCUUUGAUCUUGAACAGUAUUAAACCAUCAGUCAAUAAUAUCCUCAUUGAAGAACAAGGUUUUGACUGGGUAAAUCAACCUGCAACUUAGUUUUUCCAAUUUUGUGUUUGACUCUUUUAAAAAACGUUCUCAAGUUGACGUUGUUUAUAUUGAUCUAGCAAAAUCUUUUAGAACUGUUAACCACAAACUUUUACUGAAAGUUCUACAAGCAUCUGGUUUUGGUGAUCCUCUCCUUUCAUGGUUUGGUUCUUUUUUGAACCAAAAGGCAACAGUGGGUAAAAUGUUCUGGUGUUAAGUCAAACACGUUUUCGGCAACGUCUGGGGUACCCCAAGGUGGACACUUAUCACCGAUUUUAUUCUCAUUAUUCGUCAAUAGCGUACGUAUUGCUUUGCCUUUUUGUAUUUUAUUAUGUUUCGCAGAUGACAAGAAGCUUUUUACAGAAAUUAACUCAGCUGAUGAUUGUACGAAUCUACAAAAUAGCCUUGAUUGUUUUGUUCAUUGGUGUUCUAAAAUAGGUUUUAAAGUCAAUUCUUCUAAAUGUCGAAUCAUGUAG